UUAUCUCAUGCUAUUUUGAUAUUCGAGCUUGGGUCACAAUAUCACAAGAUUAUAGUAUACCAAGUAUUCUCUCACAAUUACUGGCUUCAUUCAGAGGAAAAGUAGAUCGAGUUGGAAGGGAUUCGUUGAAAGGAAUGGAAACAGACAAGCUUGAAAUUUACAAAAUCUUAUCGGGUAGGAGGUAUCUCAUAGUAAUGGAUGACAUUUGGAGUGUGGAAGCUUGGGAUCAUGUGAAGAGACUAUUUCCGGACAAUCACAAUGGAAGUUGAGUCAUAUUAACCACAAGGCUAAUGGAUGUGGCGAGUUAUGCUGCCAUUUCGUGGAACAUUCAUAUGAUGCGUUUCUUGGAUGACGAACAAAGUUGGCGUUUGUUCCACCACAAGGUUUUCGGAGAUCAAGAUUGCCCUCUUGAGCUACAAAGUGUUGGGGAAACAAUUGUAAAAAGAUGUGGAGGACUGCCCCUCAAAAUUGUUACUAUGGCAGGACUUUUAUCAAGGAUUCCUAGAACUCCCAAGUCGUGGCAGCAAUUUGAGGGAAAUGAUUGGCAGUUGGGAUCAAUAUUAUCUUUGAGUUACAACCACUUGCAUCCACACUUGAGGAAGUGCUUCUUGUAUAUGGCAGCCUUCCCUCAAGACUAUGACAUCCAUGCCUCUGAAAUCAUCAAACUUUGGGUAGCUGAGGGUUUUAUGGAACGUCAAAAUGAAUCUGAAAACGUAGAAAUGGUGGCAGAGGAGUGCUUGGAGGAUCCGAUCAAGCAAACUCUAGUUUUGAUCACUUGCCGGAAAAGUGAUGGCAAAAUCAAAAGAUGCAGGCUGCAUAGUAUGGUGCGGGACUUCUGUGUGAGACAGGCCGGGGAAGAGAAGUUCCUUCUUCCUGUCAUGGACUACUUCCCUACUCCUAUCUUAAGAAAACAUUUUCUUCCACAACUCCUCCAAAACCAUCCACGCAUAAGUGUUAGCUGGCAUGAUCUACAUCUUAGAGACUCUACACAUAGCUUGUCUACCACUUCUAUCAUAUGCAUCCCACAAAGAGGGUAUAGACCCAAAGGCUCUGUACAAAACUUCACUUCACUUAGGGUCCUUCAUGUUUUACAUAGAGAUGAUCGAUCAUAUUGGGAACUAGGUCAAGUUUUUGAAUUGAGUAAUCUUACUUACCUUGCUUCCAACAUCCCUGAUAGUAUUGUCCCUCCAGCUAUAUCAAAGCUUCAGAAUCUGCAGACUUUAAUUAUUUAUAGAUAUGGGGUUCAUUUGCCAGUGGAGAUUUGGAGCUUGAGGAAAUUGAGACAUCUUAUCGCCUUCUCAUUUCAUCCUUUAUCUCUCCCUGAAGGAGCAACUCUUUCCCUAGAAAGCUUACAAACACUUUCUGUGGCAACAAAUUUUGAUGAGUUGGGAAUGAUCCCUAAUAUAAAUAAGUUGGGAAUAUGCUACUCUGAAGAGAAUUUUUAUGCAGGCUAUCGUGCUGGAUAUCUUAGAAGUUUGGUUCGACUUGAGAAACUGAAAUUGCAGAAGCAUAGCUCAUUUGUGCCACAUCUGAAUCUUGUUUUUCCUCUGUCGCUGAAAAAGUUAGAACUGAGUGGCAGGUGGAUUUCAUGGAGAGAUAUGACGAUUGUUGGUUCGUUGCCUAAUCUUCAAGUGCUGAAACUAAAGAAAUAUGCUUGCUACGGGGAACACUGGGAAACCAUUGAUGAGGAAUUUGGUAAUUUGAUACAUCUGCUUAUUGAUGAAUCAAAUCUCAAGUGUUGGACAACUGAUAGUAACCACUUUCCAAGGCUCCAAUGCCUAACGCUUCAUCGUUGUCCGUACUUGGAUGCAAUUCCAUUUGAUAUUGGAGAGAUCCCGACACUUGAACUGAUUGAGAUCGACGAUCAUAACCAAUCUCUUUUGUACUCGGCAAAAAAAAUACAAGAGGAACAACGGGUACAUUGGGGAAAAGAAGGCCUAAAAGUUGCUGUGAAGCGUUCUUGAUCCUCUUUCAAACUUGAUUGUGUGUGUGCUCGACAUCAGGCACACUGUUUGUUACGGCACAACCUUCUGCUAGACUAAAGGAGACGGUGUCGGAGACGGUGGAGGACGAGUUGGACGUUGACACAACGGCAGGAGUCGGCAAGGAGCCGGAGAGAACGAUCGCCAAGGACCGGUCGCGUCGUCAGAGACGGCGACCUGACCAUUUGGCUGACUUCACGCUGCAUUGAGGAGGAGCCGAGAGAGAGAGUCUUGUUCUAUUUUAAUAUUACUUCUUUAUUGUUGCUUUCCUUUUGAGAACAUUUAUUUUAUUUUCUUAAUUAUUAUUGAGUCGAGCAAACUAUAAGCUCCUUUCCGGGUUUUCUUUGUUGAUUCUUUCCCGGAUCGUAGGUCGAAUCAACCCUAGGGUCCAUAGUAUAAAAGGCGUGUAUUUUAUUUCAUUCUCAAGAAAUAGAAUAUUUUU